CUCGAGAACUGUUUUUCGCAGCGAGUGUUGGGAAGCAACGAUCGUAAGAUCGUAAGAUCGUAAGCCUAUCGAUAGUAUGUGUAGUUGACUGACGGCGGGGCGUUCGACGUCGCCUAUCGAAGUGAACCCAAACCAAACCCCAGAAGCGUUUGUUUGUCGUUCGUUUGUGGUUGUCGCUUAAAUUAAAACUCGGAAUUCGGCUGAAACCACAAAAACCAGAUGACCUAGCACUUGAUAAGCAUUUGAGAAGGCGAUAAGAAGCUGCGCUGGGGUAUAAAUACCGUUGCACGCCCAGGAAAAUCAUAUUCAGAAAAUCUACCGAGAUGAAGUUGUUGGCUGUGCUUUUUGCCGUUCUGGGCCUUGUCCUGACGACUGCCAUUCCUGUUCUCGGAAAUGUGCUCCCACAGCGUCCACCCACCGGUGAGAAAGCCCAAGGCGGCAGCUACCCAAUCACAGAGUUUUCACGAAACCGUCAAGUAAAUUCUCCUGUUUAUUACACUGGAAUAAAAGGAUAA